CCUGUGUACAUAUUAAUUCAAAACUGUAUUCAAUUACAUACGUUUUCUUUUAAUAUCCCGCCGAACAUCCCUAGCCAGGUUGGUAGAAGGCAUCCAACUGUCUCAGCCCCCGCCUCCUUGUUUGUGCGUUUCAGAGUACAUCUAGUAGUAGCUACUUCUACCCAUUGUCAGCUCCAUUACGUCAAUGGGAUCCUCCUUAACAUAAACAUAUACAACUGCGUAUACACACGUCUGCGGAAUAUCGCAACACAACGUACGCACUAUAUAAUUGUAUAUCCUUUUCGAGGAUAGGCGUAUAAUAUUACAAUUAUUAUAAUUACCAUACCACCAAGAUGGCACCACACGAAGGACUGGUACAUAUGAAAGAGUACGACUGGAGAGACAGCAACGUCGAAAAUAUCGGAACAGACCUUGAUCACAAGGUCAAAUAUAAUUCCGCGGUCACCGAACCCGCUUGGCGAGAUGUCGGUCGAGCUCCUGGUCUUCAUAUUUGGCGGAUAGAGAAUUUUGAGGUGAUAUCUUGGCCAAAAGAACGGUAUGGCGAUUUCCACGAGGGAGACAGCUAUAUUGUCUUGCAUUCGUACACGAUCGGAAGCAAAGAUGGAGAAGAAAAACUCGCUCAUGAUAUCUUCUUCUGGCUCGGAAGCAAGACAACGCAAGACGAGGCCGGUACUGCCGCUUACAAGACAGUUGAGCUAGACGAGUUCCUACAUGGCGUAGCUACCCAACACCGCGAGCUCCAGAAGGAGCCUUCGGACGAUUUUGUCGCUUUGUUCUCUCGCAUCAGGAUUCUCUCCGGUGGCGUGCGCUCCGGAUUUACGCACGUUGAGACUGAAGAAGAGCCGAAAGAGACUCCCAUGCUGCUUAGGAUCUUCAAGCACCCGUCUGCUAAACGGGCUGACUCUAUUAUGGUUUACGAAGUGGAACCUACCUGGAAAAGUCUCGAUGAAAACGAUGUCUUCGUGUUGGAGCGCAACGAUAAAAUAUGGGUUUGGCAGGGUAAGAAUUGUAGCCCUAUGGAGAAAACCAAGGCCGCUCAAGUUGUUCACGACAUGACCAUUGCGAAACAUAUCGAUGUCGAAGUAUUAUCCCAGACGGAGUCAAGAUCGCGAACCGUAGUUGGCAUGUUGGGUGGUGAAGAUACUGGGGAACCGCUACGAGCCCCCCGACCAAUUGCUUCGUCUCGCAAGAAUCAAGAUGCUGGUCAUCGUCCUCGCAGGCUAUUCCGUCUUUCUGACGCUUCCGGUCAACUAAGAUUCGAUCAAGUGAAGGAAGGGGCCGCGAUUUCCGGUUCGGACCUAGAUAGUAAUGAUGUCUUUAUUUUCGACAGCGGUAUCACUAUCUGGGUUUGGCAGGGUUCUGGAGCAAGUAGAGCUGAGAAGGCCAUGUGGAUUAAAGCAGCUGAGAUGUAUAUUCGACAACUUGGAGAAGGGUCUGAUGAUAAUCAGGUGUAUUUGAGUCCGAUUUCAAAAGUUGUUGAGGGUAAUGAGAGUCCCGUAUUUUUCAGGGCCCUCGAGGCGUGAAGAACAAAAUAAAGCCUACGAGUUCGUUUGUACUCAGAUCCUCAGAUAUCUUAUAGCAAAACAAAACAAAAGUUAAAUGAAUUUAUGCAUGAAUAUAUA